UAGCAGAUAAGAGCCCAGUCCUUCCCACACACCUCCACCACACACCAGAUCGCUGCAGAAGGCUGGGGCAGCCUGUUGCUACCACACAACUACUUCCAAGGCAAUGAAUGCUGGCUGGAGUCAGAGCUCCUUAAGCACAUUAAGAAAGUAAUUGCAAGUGCCAACACCUGUGUCAGAAGGUUUUCCUAUUAAAGCUGACUGCAGGAGGCUGCUGCUCUGAGUGCUUUUGAGGGGGCUGAAUAGCCUCUAGGUUUGGUGCAAGUUAGCUCCAUUCCUUGGGACUGAAUGUGUUUUCUUAGUUUUGAAACCACUCCUUUCUGCGUCGCUUCAAUGCUGUCAAUCCAUACUUCUGCGUUCUAUGAAAUGCUCUGUAAAACCUGGAGUCAUAGAAUGGUUUGGGUUGGAAGUGACCUUCGGGAUCAGAUAGUUCCAAACCCCUGCUACAGGCAGGAGCAUCUCCCUCUAGAGCAGUUGCUCUGGUUUGACCUUUUUCCCUGCACUAGCAAGGGAUGCAGAGCAGCUCUGCUGUGUAAGGAGGCAACUACUGAAGUUCUGGGUGUGCAGAGGAGGAGGCAUGGAGCUUGUGCAGUGUGUUGGCUGCUGCUGCUCUGUGACAUCCCCGACCCCACGGGGCUGGCUGUGGAGAUGAGAGCAGGGCAGGUGCUGCUGGUGCUGCUGGCUGCCUCUGUGGUGAUGCCUGCCAAGGACCCGCUGCUGAACGUCUGCAUGGAUGCCAAGCACCACAAAACCAAGCCUGGCCCGGAGGGGAUGCUGCAUGGCCAGUGUGCUCCCUGGAAGGACAAUGCCUGCUGCACAGCCAACACCAGCUCGGAAGCACACAGGGACCAAUCCUACCUGUACAACUUCAACUGGAAUCACUGUGGGGUGAUGCCACCCAAGUGCAAGCGUCACUUCAUCCAGGACACGUGCUUGUACGAGUGCUCACCCAACCUGGGGCCCUGGAUUGACCAGGCUGACAGCAGCUGGCGGCGGGAGAGGAUUCUGCAUGUGCCACUGUGCAAAGAGGACUGCGAGGAAUGGUGGGAGGACUGCAAGGACUACGUCACGUGCAAAGAGAACUGGCACAAGGGCUGGAAUUGGGCAACAGGAACAAAUCGCUGUCCCUGGGGCUCCAUGUGCCGGCCCUUCACCCAGGUCUUCCCCAGACCCAAAGACCUGUGUGAGAAGAUCUGGUCCAACUCCUACAAAUACACCACAGAACGCCGGGGCAGUGGGCGCUGCAUCCAGCUGUGGUUUGACCCCGCGCAGGGGAACCCCAACGUGGUUGUGGCAAAGUACUACGCCUGGAAGAAGCGAUCCUCUCCUGCCACGAUGGAGGACGUGGCUCCUGAGACAGGCAGAGCUGUGUGUGCUGUGCCGUGGCUCAUCCUGCUGCUGGCCCUCGUGCUGCUCACUGCAGGCUGGGGGUCCUAUGUGUGGAGGUCCCUGUGACAGCUCCCCGAAGGGAUGCGGCUCUCUUUCCGUGAAGGAGUGGCACUUAGUCUGUUCAAUUUGCUCGUGUGCCCCAGCGGAUGCUCAGCACGGGCUGUGCUGUUGGACUUUGGUGUCUGCUGCUGCCUCCAGCUGAUGGAGGCGGUGAUUUCCCAUCCUUUGUGUCUGAGCUCCUUCUGUCUUCCUCCCCUGUGCUUGCUGCCUCCUACAGCAGGUGUUGAUGUCUGUGCUCUGGGUGGGUGCAGCGUUUGUUCAUGAUGCUUCUCUGAGCACUGCAUCCCUGGAGAGCAGAGUUGGUAAUAAAAGAGCUGCUCUGAAUCAGCCUUGUCUGGAGGCUACGUCCUACCAGGGAGGAAGAAGCACUCUGGGGGUGGAACAAAGCUACUGGUCUGGGUGGUGGCAAGGGAUCUGCAGGUGUGGAAGUCUGCCCGGGGUUGGAAAGCUGCAGCCUUAUCUCCUGCCCCGCUCGCUCCUUUAAAAAUUAUGCUCUGCUCCAUCUCACUGCAGGAGAUGCAGAGUUGCUCACAUCCCUGCAUGGGGAUCCCACAGCAGCCCGUGCCCAGACAGGGCAGGAUUGCCUGUACUGUCUUCUCCCUCAUCAACCACUCUGCUGUGUUUCUUCCUCCUCCAUCUGAGUGCAGGGACUCUGGGAUCUUCUAGGCACAGCUUGCUAGAGCUACACUACUGCUGCAGCCUGGUGCAGGUGGUACGUGCUUUUCCAGCAGCUGCAUCUGAGAAACAUCUUAGCAGAACAGAGAGGUGUGGAGUUUCCCCCUUUGAGAUCUCUAAAGCAGCACGGGUGUUGUCCUGUGCACCCUGCUCUGGGUGUCCCUGUGGAGCAGGGCUUGGA